AUGUGGGGAGGAAAGCUGCCGAACAUGUGGGAGCCGAUAGACGCGGAGAUGUACGCGAUACUCGCAUACUUACGCAAAAUGGCGAGCGCGAGCGAUGCGCAAUCGCGGAGGUGCUUAGUGCUAUGCGACUGCAAACCCGCGCUGCAGCAGAUUGAGAAUGCGCACCGCAAAGGGAUACCAGAAGGCCUGAGGGACUGGGAGAGAGGCGGGCUCCUGGAGGCGAUUGCUUACUAUAGAUCGAAGCUAGAGGCGGUGGUCUUCAUCACUGUCUUCUUGUGUCCAAAUGCGCCUGUGGUGUGCACCGUGUGGCACCCCGGAGAAAGCCUGGGGCUGCUUAUGAGCCGCCUCCUCGGCGGCGGCCUCCUCGCGCUGUGCGCCCUCGCGCUCUACAUCACGGGCCGCUCCGAGCAGGCGCCCAGGAUAGUUAGCAUCAGCAGUCCUGUCGGCAGCGGCAUGGGCGGGCGCUGGCCGCACGGUGGUGGUGCUCCGAAGCCUGUCGAUGGCUUUGACAUCAACAAUCCGGCGGAGCUGCUUGCACAUGCCGUGCUGCCGGUCAACAUCGUCGCCAACGCGAUGCGCAACCAAAGGACCGCAGCCGCGUCAAAGCCGGCGCCCAAGCCGUGCCCGGCCGACUGCGUCAAGAAUGGCGGCGUGUGCAACCCCGGGCUUGGGGAGUGCGCAUGCCCGCCCUUCAUGGGUGGGGCGAGCUGCGGGUCGCCGCUCCUUUCCGAGUGCGCUGCGCUGGUCGGCAUGGUCCAGACGGCGGCGGCCCCGGUCGCGUCGCCGUGCCUGAUCGACGGGCGGUCUCGCGCACCCGUCUCGUGCGAAUGCCUUCGCGCGUGCGAGUCGCUCGGCGUGAUGGGCAACCGCGCCUGCUACGUCAUGAACGCGGCCAACGAGUCGCUGAUGCGCUGGGUCCAGCAGCAGCGCAACCAACGGGGGCUGGAGGCCAACUCCGAGUACUUUGCCGCGACGCUCGCCCCGCUCGCCGGCCAGUCCAAGGAGCGCUGCAGCGGCCACGGCGUCUGGGCGCCGGCGGGCGGCAUGCCGGCCAAGGGUGUGCCGGCGGGCAAGUGCGAGAAAAAGGGGAGCUGCCGCUGCCUCUGCUACCCGGGCUACGACGGCGACGCGUGCGAGCGGUCGACGGCCGUCGUGCCGCGCCACUUCUGCCUCAACGGCUGCUCGGGCCGCGGAGAGUGCUUCCGCAACUGGCUGUACGUGUACGAGCUGCCGGGCCGCUUCGGCAGCUGGCUGCAGGCGGGCAGCCACGGGUGGUGGCAGGACAUGGACCUGUGGGGCGAGGACGUAGUCAUCCACCGCCGCGCCCUCCGCUCCGCCUACCGCGUGCUCGACCCGGAGCAGGCAGACUACUUCCUCGUGCACGUCUCCUCCGGCAUGUGGCAGCUCAACUGGGGCUUCCGCGACCUCCUGCCGACCGGCGUGCGAGCGGCGCUGCAGUACAUCAAGGAGAGCGGCCCGUUCUGGAGCCGCAAGGGCGGCGCAGACCACUUGUGGGGCGCGUGGCGCAUCCGCGCGAAGCUGCCGGAGCUCGAGGCUUCGAUCUUCAUCAACGUGUUUGGAGCCGCCGAGGCGCAGCGCGGCGGCCACCGGCACGGCCACGACAUCGUCUGCCCGCCCGUCCUCUACUCGGGCGGGCUGUACAAGGCUCACCGCACCUCGGGCGCCAUCCUGGUGCGCGAGGGGCACGAGGCCAACCGAGAGCGCUACUUCGAGCUGAUGUCCGCCUCGAAGUUUUGCGUCGCCGCCGCCGGCUUUGGCUUCUCGACGCGCGUGUACGAGUCUGCGGCGGCGGGGUGCGUGCCCCUCAUCAUGAUGGACGGCGUGGAGAGCGCGUACGAGGAGCUGCUCCCCUACUCGAGCUUCGCUCUCCGAAUGAACGACUCGCUGCGCCAGAUCGCGACGCUCGAGCCGCUGCUGCGCGCUGUGCCCGCGGCCAGGGUGGCCGCGAUGCGAGCCGAGCUGCGCUGCCUCUGGCCGCGUCUCCUCUGGCUGCGGCACGACGGCACCGCCACGCCACUGCCCGAGCAGGACCGGCUGCUAAAGUACGACGCGUUUGAGUCCCUCUUCUGGACGCUGCGCAAGAGGCUGCGCGGCGACAUCCAGACCCCGCCAGACCGGGAGGAGGCGUGCGCUGCCGUCCGCGACUACUUUAAACGGUCGGCCCGCGGGUGGGGGCCGUGGGCAAACUGGGCAGACUUGCCGGCCUGGUGA